AUGCAUCAUCAGAUUGUCCAGUACAUGAAGUCCAAGUGCAUUGACGUCCUUUGUCUACAAGAAACCAAAGCCAAGCGUACUUCUUACUACAUGAUCGAUUCGUUUACCUUCUACACAUUCAGCAAUGCGAGCCCCGACAAGCAGGAGCACUAUGGUACAGGUUUUGCGUUGUCGCCUGCGGCAAAACGAGCGCUCUUACGCACACUCCCUAGCAGCAGUAAGGUGGCAGGAAUUAGUUUACACACGGGAGCUGGGGAAUUUUCAGUCAUCACAGGUCAUGCGCCGCAUAACCAGCACACCGAAGAAACCAAGCAGGCUUUUUACGACGAACUCAACCAGCUCAUAGAAAAGGUGGAAAACCGAGGCCCUUAUCUCAUUAUGGGAGACUUCAAUGCACGCAUCCAUGGUAGAAUGCACGAUGAGGAUCUUGUCUUGGGGCCCCAUUUGUACGGGAAAGGUGUUGGUUCGGUGGGAGGCGAACUGGAUAACAGGAGCUUUCUCAUCAAUUGCUGCGUCCAAAACCAGCUCCUGGUUUCCAACACGUGGUUCAAGCACAACUCCGCCAAGCAGGUCACGUACAGGGAAGUAGGAACCGCUGCCCUUCCCCAUGCCUCUGCUUCUUGGGACCCCAACUUGUUUGCUCAACUUGAUCUGUGUCUUACCCCCCGGAGAUGGAGAAACUUUGUGAGGGACGUUUCUUCCGAUCCUUGGGCGAAUGUUGACAGUGAUCAUUUCCCGUUGCUUGCAAAGGUGAGACUCAAACUGGGGGCUAGGCGCCAACAGGCGCCGCGCCCUCGCUGGGAUUUCCAUAGUGCCUCGCCCAGGAACAUCCGCGAGAUGAACGAAGCCCUGGAAGCCCGAUUGAACGAAGUAGCAGGUCAUGAGGACGUGUCCCAAAAAUGGGACUUUCUCCGGGAAGUGUUUGUUCAGGCCAUGGACGAACACAUACCUAAAUACCAGUUCGCACCUAGGAAACCCUGGAUUAGCCAGAGCACCUUGGAUUUGAUUACGCGUAGAGGUGUCCUGCGCAGCCAAGGCGACCUCCAGCAGGUGGCAAAGUACAACAAAGACAUUAAGCGUUCUGCAAAACGGGAUAAGAAAAACUGGCUCGAAGAGCAACUACAAUCAAAUUCGUGGGAGCCGAUUAAGCAGCUCAAGAAAUCGUUCCCUACAAAGAUGGUUCGACUUGAGCCUUCACCAAGUUUAGGGAUGUCAGCAACAGCCACAAAUGCGGAUAUCUAUGCCGCUCACCUAGAGCAGGUGCAGUGGGCUCCUGCAAAGUCGAGUGGGGUUGACGAUCUCUGCACGGAUCUUUUGCCACACGCUGCCCCGGACAUCGAAGAGGGCCCUUUGACCAUGGCCGAACUCAUUCAGGCUAUUAAGCAUCUCAAAUCCGGCAAGAGUGCGGGACAAGAUAAUAUUCCUAAUGAGUUCUGGAAGAACCUUUCCGGCAAAGGCUUAGAGGCUCUUUUGGACUUGUUUCAAGAUUGUUGGAGUCACGGCAAGAGUCCAUCGUCUUGGAAGCAGUCCCAGGUUAUAGGCAUAUUCAAGAAAGGUUGCGAGAGCGACCCGUCAAAUUUUAGGCCAAUUUCUUUAUUGCAGACUUGCUACAAAUUGUACGCCAGGGUGCUGGCUGCGAGGUUGUAUGCAGGUCUGGACCCUGUGCUCCGUGACAAUCAGUUCGGUUUUAGGCAAGGUAGGAGUACGAGCGACGCUAUUUUUCUUGUUCGGCGCCUGCAAGACCUUGUUGAUGCCAAGCGCAAUCAAGUUCUGCACUUGUUGUUUUUGGACUGGAGCAAGGCUUUUGAUACGAUCAAACCCGCUGCGUUACACCUGGCGCUGCGUCGGUUGAAGGUGCCACCAACCAUGUGCAAAGCAAUCCUGGACCUCACGGCGUCUCCGGUUUUUCGUGUUGUUGUGGAUGGUGAGGUUUCCGGGCUUAAAUCUCAGUCCAGCGGAAUACGACAAGGAUGUACCCUUUCACCUUUGCUGUUUAUCGCAAUGCAGACUGUUAUGUUUCAUGACAUUCAAAGGACCUUCCUUGCGCAGCACCCGCUCGCUGUUACCCCUACAGUCUCCAUGUUUGAUAUUGAGUUUGCUGAUGAUACUGUCUUGAUAUCUAGGAAUUAUGAGCAUUUGCAAACUUUGUUGCAGAUUGUGCAAACGGAAGCUGCAAAAUACAACUUGCAUCUCAAUCAUGGCAAAUGUAAGCUUGUGUCCUACAACAGUCAGGCGGAGAUCAACUUUAUGGAUGGCAGUAAGGCAUUCCCACCACUUGGGGUGCUAUGGUCAUCGGAUGUGAACGGAUCCCCAACGAACAAGUACGUAGUCAAAUGGGAGUGCACUAUCUUUCGGACGAGGUCAAACUACAACAGCUGUCUUUGCUAG